AUGGCUGAAAAUACUCACUCCUUCGGACCUACGUGUGCUCUUCACGAAGAGCAAGAUGACCCCGUGACCACGGAAGGCCAACCACCGCAUGUCAAGGCCCAGUUCUUCUAUGUGUCUUCACUGCCCAUCGACGACCCUCUAUCGCCCCUGCCACCCAUCUCCGCAGAUAAGGCUAUCAAUCUCCCCCCUCAACCCUUCUCAGUUCGAGACAAUGCCGCCCUAGAAGAAGCAUGGACUGCCUUCCAGAAAGAUGAGGCCAAUAACUCGAGGUUCGGGCGUGGAAGAGGAACGAGCCCCAACAUCCGUGGCGUCUUCUCUUUUCCAGAGUUCAAGAAAGCCAGUGCCUCGUCUAGUCUCAGGUCGCCAGAUUCUUCAAAGGGCAGAGGAAGAGGAUCAUCACCCGGGUCCAAUAAAUGGGGUCGAAAGAAACAGCAACAAUCAGACCUGCCGGUCAUGCUUGAUGACAACCAGGAUAGUCGAGUUGGUAGUCCUAAGCCAGUAGAUACGGAAGAGCUGCGUUGUGAGGAUCCAGACCAUCAGCAGACAUCUGUUGGUCGGCAUAGACGAUUCUCCCCUUUUCGUCACAGGUCUAGAUCUAAAGAGCGGAAAGCGAGCAGGGAAGUCCAACUCAAGCCUAGUAUACCUGACCUGUCUACCUCAGCUGCCUCUGCAACACUUGCUGGAACAAGCUCAGAUAUCAGUGGAAGACCAUUCGCACGUGCUCCUAGUGGCCGCAAUAUUACUUCUUCAUUCAACAAUACCACCGGCUAUUUAACCGAAUCAUCAGCCGACGACUCAGCAGAUGAUUCCAAACCUAUCAAAAGUCGCUCUCGCAGCAGUGGUCGACAUCGCCAGAAUAAAUCUAAAAAGGACAAGCAGAAGAAAAUGUAUGUGCCUGUGGGAGUCUCUCGUCUUCAUCUUGUUGAAGUCCCAACACUCGUCAUGAAGCCGAUAUAUUGGUCACCAAUCAACGACACCUCCAAUGUCAUCCGAGCAACAUGGUUUUACAAGGACACCAUGUUGCCCGUUCCUGUAGAGGUUGCUAAUCGCCUCGAAGUCGGCUAUGAGUAUAUGAUGCCAUAUGCCGAACACUAUCGCGAAGAACUACAGGCUUGCAUCGAUAAUGGAGCUGAAGCUGAGCUCAAGGUUGCUCAUAAGCUAUGGCCUGACGAGGCAGUCAAUAGCAGGCCAUCGACUGCAGCUGAUCGAGGGACAAAACAAAAUCCUAACGAUUCUGCAGAGUCCACAGAUAUCAAUCUCCCAAAAGCGACCCAGAACAUGGCUGCAGAUCCUAGUCGAUCCACGGAGAAACGCCUCUUCUUAACCCACAGUGUUGUAUAUGUCGAUGCAAAGAAUGCCCAAAUUCUCAGACCGAACUCGCUUCCUUCAGAACGGCAGAACCGUCGACCUCUCAACGCGAUUCGAAAGGGGAGACAGAUAGGCGUAGCCGUGGUUCGUGGAUUCGACCGGCAAGCUUGGCUGAAAAUUCAUCCCGAUCCCAAAAUCAACGCUAAAUCCGCACACGCCAAAGUAGGUGCUUAUAUGUCUCAAUCAGGUGAUGCUACUACCCGUGGCCGCCGUAUGUCUUGUGCUGCAUGUGAACAGGACAUUAAGACACCUAAGGUGGCCGAUCUUGUCCUUGUGAUCCACGGCAUUGGACAGAAGCUAUCUGAACGGGUUGACAGUUUCCACUUCACCCAUGCGAUCAACAGUCUAAGGCGAGAGUUCAACGUUGAGUUGUCAACAGAAGCCGUAAAGGGUAAUCUCAAGGACAAUUCUGGAAUGAUGGUUCUACCGGUAAACUGGCGACUUACUGUGUCGUUUGACGAGGAGAGCAAAACAUCUGAUGUAUCGCAGAACAAUCAGUAUCAGCUCAAGGACAUCACCCCUGACAGUCUACAAGGUGUUCGGUCUUUAAUCAGUGAUGUCAUGCUCGACAUACCUUACUAUCUUUCGCACCAUAAAGAGAAAAUGACCUCGGCAGUGAUCCGUGAAGCCAACCGAGUCUACAGACUUUGGUGCCACAACAAUCCCGGCUUCGAGGAACACGGUCGCGUGCAUCUAAUCGCCCACUCUCUUGGGUCUGUCAUGGCGAUGGAGAUCCUCAGUCGCCAACCUACAAGACUGGGGAAAGACAUAAAGUUCGACCCAGACACGCCAAGCGAGAAGAUAUUUGAAUUCGACACCACCAAUCUCUUCAGCUGCGGAAGUCCCUCGGGAUUCUUCCUCCUCCUGAACAAUGCGAGCCUCACACCACGCAGAGGCCGAGGUAAACCCGGGAUGGAAGGCGAAGACCAACAACCCGGGAUCGCGUCCGAAGCCCAAUACGGCUGCAUGGCAGUCGACAACGUCUACAACAUCUGCCACCGCAACGACCCAAUCUCGUACCUACAAAACGCAUCCGUCGACCAACUCUACGCCUCAACCCUCCUCCCCGCCGUCAUUCCCACCACCGGCGUCAACUUCAUGACCCGCAUCGGCAACACCCUCCGAUGGGCCUCCAACACCACGUCAGACUCUUACAACCACCCCUCGUCAUCCAGCACCACACGCCCAGAACUCACGCAAAUGCCAUCGACCGUCGAGAUGGAGACACACAACUUCACGCGCGAGGAGAUCGCCGAGAAGCGAAUGUAUCUGCUGAAUGAAAACGGCCAGAUCGACUGGUUCCUCGAGUCUGGCGGCGGGCCCCUCGAGAUCCAGUAUCUGAACAUGCUCAGCGCCCAUAGUAGUUACUGGGUCCUGAGGGACUUCGUCAGGUUCUUGGUCGUCGAGAUUGGAAGGUUGCCCGGCAGGGAAAAUACUCUGCCCGUGUUGCGGGCCAGGAAGCAGAGGGAGUUUAAGCGGGGGACCUUGGCUUAG